UUGUUGGUUAUAGAGGGCUCCUUUCUCGAAAUCUUUUCGAAAGCAUUUACUCUUGCGUGUGUAUCCACAAAAAGGAGCAAGAAAACUAUUAUGUCGAGCAGAAUUGAAAGUGAAAUGUUCGUAGCCUGCGCCGAGUAGUUUCCUGUCUGUCUAGUUUUUAUUUGGGUGUGUCCCUGGCGAAAGUGUACUGUGCAUUUAACUAUCUAAACGAUGGGGGAGAAUAAUGCGAGGUUAGAAAAUUAUGAAAUGCUUAAGGCGUUGUACGACUUCGAGGCUACGUUCGCCAAAACUCUUAGCUUUCAUGAAGGAGAACAUUUUAUAUUACAUCAAACAAAUACUAAGCAAAGAAAUUGGUGGCAAGUAGUGAAUAGUAAAGCUCAGGUUGGAUAUAUUCCAUCCAAUUAUGUCACUAUCAAAAAGGUACAGCCACAAUUUUUAAUCGACUUCUUGGACGGAACAAUAUUGACUCUACAAUCAGAAAUUAAUAAAAGCGGUGAUACGCACAAGCAGGAUUUGUUAUGUAAUUUGUUGGCGAGAAGAAAACAAAUAGUUUUAAAUAAGAAACAACUUGGAUCGAGUCACAAGAGACAAGCACCAAUGGCUCCUGAUUUUGGAAAUACUACACCGACCAAAGAAACUAUUCCUCCUGCUGUCUGUCUUAAUUCAGAUGGAGAUGUCAGACUUAUACAGAGUAAUACUUCUUAUGUAACUGCGCAAACUACUCUCCAUGGUAAUUCCGAUCAAGGAGAAGUAUAUAAUACUCAAUGUAGACGUCAGUCUGCAACUGAACAACGUAGACAAUCUUUCCCUCGUCAGUCUAGUUCAGAGACGAUUCAAAAAGCUUAUCCUACUACGCCAGAAGUACAUAAGAGUCCUUCGCAGACUAGUGCAAAAACCUCUCCCAAUGGUUCGCCUGUUAAAAAUAAUUCAUUAUGUAAUAUAAAUUCCAAAACGGCUUAUCAAUUACUCGACAAAGUUCGUCGAAAUACUCAAUUAAGUUAUGAAAUGUCUAAAGUGGCGGUCAUUGUUGUCGUGAACGAGUUACAACAUCUGUUACCUGAUAGUGUUAAUCAUUAUUUUGAAGCAUUAUUGCAUCAAUUAGAGACACCGUUAACGGUAUCAAAAAUGAAUAUCGAAGAAACAUAUGAUGCAAGUAGACUGAAAAUUAUAUUUACUGAACUCACUACUCGCAAAGAAGAUUCUCAGCAAAGAAAUUGGAUGCUUUAUGAGGAUGAAUCUGUUAUAGUAGAAAACAUCACUGAGCUUACAUCCAUAUUGACAAAUGCAGAUGCAAAUGUUUCGAGGUACAUCUUAAAACAAGAUCAAUACGACGGUGUUAAUGUAUUAAUUCAGUAUUAUCAAAUGGAGCCAAGAUGGACUAUAAGACAAUUAUUGUUGCAAUCGUUUGGUGUAAUGUGUAGUUUAGAUUCUAUUAUUUUAACUAUUAUGUUAAACAGCAUAUUACCAAUGGAAUUAGCAAGAGAUAUGAGGAGUAAUCCAAGAAAUGUACAGAAAUUAAAUUAUUCUUCAUUGCUGCUUAGUAUGAUUUUUUCAAUGGGUGAACCAAUGCCAGUUACACAUUGGGAACAACUAGGAUCUGAUUUCGUCUCGUUCCUUUUGGAUUUAAUAGAAAAUCCACCGGAUUCUGAUUUAGAAGAUCAGAUUCCUGAUUUAUUCAUCAAUUUAAUAUUAUCAUAUAAUCUGCAAUUUACGAAUUCGGAAAAUUCAGUAAUAAGUGCAUUAAAAGAGAGAACGGUAGCAAAAAUUUUUACUGAAAAAAUCCUUUUCCUUUUCAACAGAGAAGAGGAUCCAGUAAGAAUAUUUGAUCACGAACCGCAGCCUCCUCAUUCCGUAUUGAAAUUGUUUAUCGAUUUGUUUAAUAACGACUACACGGCAGGUCUUUUCUAUACUAAUGAUGUAAAAGUCUUGAUUGAAAUUAUUUUGAGGCAACUUUUUGAUAUGUAUCCUGGCGAUAAGCGAAGACAAUAUUUAGAAUUGUGUCGCAGAGUAUUACGUACUUCAAGUUAUAAUGAACAUCGGCAUCAAUCGGAAGAUCUUUUAAAAUGUUUUACAAGGAUAUUUUGUGAGGAAACACCUGAGAGUCAAGAGGACCAACAAUUGGUACGUGAAAUCAGCAACGAAUUUCCACAUUUAUUUAAAAUGUGACCCUUACUUUCAUCCUCCGAUAAUAAAGACUUGGAGGAAGAUGAUUUACAAACUCUGGUAUGAAGCACAAAACUAGAAAGUAGAAUUAAGCAGAUAUAUGCUCGACUUUCUGGUGAGAAAUCUUCCUUAUUUUUUAUAACUCGCCUUCUAAUAUAUAUAUAUUUUUUUUGCUCUUAAAAAAAAAAACAAAAAGAACAAAAAAAAAAAAACAAAAAAAGAAAUCACUAUAUCUAUAACGAGAUGCACACUACAUGAAAUAGUCUUGAUAAGAUAUUCUAUUUGCCGAGUUAAUAUCUUUUCUUAGCUCUAUAUCCUCGAUAGGAAAAGUGUUACCUGCUAAUAGUAACAAAUAUGUGAUUACAUGUUACCAAAAUGAAGAAAAUUAUCAUACGCGUGUAUCUAACUAUACUACGUAUAUAUCAUACGUUUAGUGUUAUACGAGAGAAACAUCUCAUUCCAAAUACGAGGACCAUGACUACAUAUUAUCGUCCUAUUUACCCAUUCAGAUUUAAUAUAAUUUUAAAUCAUUUAAAAUAAUUAGAUAUAAUAUAAUAAUAAUCCUAUCGCAAAGGUUUAUUUACGAAUUUGUUGCAUUUUUGGAACUUUUAAUGAUAUUAUGAAGAAAAGCAAAAAAAGACGAACAAUUUAGUCUUUAAUAUAGUUAUAUAUCUUCGUGUUAAGCAUAAUCUAGUCGAAGACUAUAUAUAUUAUAUAUUUAUUGGAAUAGAACUUUUAUUAUCACGUUUCUGACUUUUACGUGCUAUAUUCUUUGGUGAGAUCAAUUUCGAUAGAAUUGAACAUUUAAAAUGCAAGUUUACGUGGAUACUUCUCUGUGCCACUUACAGUUAUCGAAUCUCCUAGUCUAUCGCUAGUAAAUAUAUUUUUUUAACAGUAUAGUAUUAUAUUAUGUUUACACGACUAUUAGACAAAUUUAAAUUAGGCAAUACUAUUUGCAACUAAAGAGAUAGAUGCAGCUAAAAUGAUAUUAUAAUUAACAUCAAAAUGUUGAACGAAUAAAAAGAUUUAGGUGAUGUAUAUUUAUCAUCUAUUAUAAAAU